GUGGUGGGUGAUAGAGAGAGGUCACUAAAAAUUAGGUCACCUGAGCUCAGCCUAGUGGAUUCCCACUACAAAUCAAACAAAACAAAACCCUAACACCACCUUACACUCUCUGUGAAUCUUUUUAUCUCAUUUUCUCUUUGACUAUCAUCAUUAAUGGCAACCUCAUUCAAACCCGUCUCACUUCCUCCAUCAACGGGUAGAUACAACCAGUAUCUUCCAAUUCAUCGUUGUCAGAGUCUGAUUAGAUGUUGUACCAGUCUUAAAACCCUAAAAAUCACAUCUGAACCCCAACCAGUGUUUGAUUCUUUAAGAUCUUUUGCACCGGCGACAGUAGCAAAUUUAGGUCCUGGGUUUGAUUUUCUUGGUUGUGCAGUUGAUGGGGUUGGUGAUUAUGUUACUCUGUCAAUUGAUCCAAAUGUACAGCCAGGUGAGAUUCAGAUUUCGUCUAUUAAUGGAAUCGGAAAUUGUUGUUCUAAAUUGAGUAAGGAUCCGUUAUGGAAUUGUGCUGGAAUCGCAGCAAUUUCAGUUAUGAAAAUGUUAGGAAUCAAAUCAGUGGGUCUUUCUUUGUCUCUUGAAAAGGGGUUGCCUUUGGGGAGUGGUCUUGGUUCGAGUGCUGCUAGUGCUGCUGCGGCUGCUAUAGCAGUGAAUGAAUUAUUCGGGGGGAAAUUGGAUAUUUCAGAUCUUGUUUUAGCUGGACUUGAUUCUGAAGCCAAAGUCUCUGGUUAUCAUGCUGAUAAUAUAGCACCAGCUAUCAUGGGUGGAUUUGUUCUCAUUCAAAAUUACAGUCCAUUGAAUUUAGUGCGGUUGCCAUUUCCUGGUGACAAGGAUUUGUUUUUUGUUCUUGUGAAUCCGGAAUUUGAAGCUCCAACUAAGAAAAUGAGAGCAGUAUUGCCAACUGAGAUUACAAUGAAAGAGCACAUUUGGAAUUCUAGUCAAGCAGGUGCUUUAGUAGCUGGAAUUCUGCAAGGGGAUUUGGAAGCAUUAGGUUUAGCAUUAUCGUCUGAUAAUAUUGUUGAACCAAAUCGAGCACCAUUGAUCCCUGGUAUGGUUGGCGUGAAGAAAGCGGCUAUUGAAGCUGGAGCUUUUGGGUGCACGAUUAGUGGAGCAGGACCAACUGCGGUAGCGAUUACGGAUUGUGAAGAGAAGGGAAAGCAAAUUGGAAAGAAAAUGGUGGAAGCAUUUAUGAUGCAGGGGAAUUUGAAAGCUUCAGCUGUGGUUAGUAGUCUUGAUAGAGUUGGUGCUAGGGUUGUUACUAGUUCUCCUAGAUGAUAAUGCUGAACAAUUUUGUACUUGUCAUUUGAUUUUUGAAUACUUGCAGCGUUUGUCUCGCAAAAUUUUGAGACUAGCGCUUUAGUUUUUGUUCUUAGUUUUCGUCCAGGUAGGCUCAUUGGUUUCAUGGAUGUUUGGGCAAUGUUAAGUUGGUAACCAUGUCUGGUUCAGCUUAUGUAUGUUUUCGGCAUAAUAAAAAGCUUUUUCAGUUGCAA